CACCAACGCUGUCCUGGUGAAGUAGUCAAAUUAAUAAGAUUCAAGACCGGGGUUUAAUUCAAUCGUUUAGAGCUCCUAUUUGAAUAUUUGAUUAGGGGUGGUGUUAUUGGUUUUAUCACUUGACAAGACAGACAGGACAUAGUUUUGCCUGAGACGGUAAUUAGUCGUAAACAAAAACAAACGAAAAGUGAUAGUCCGUCGUUGGAACAUUUGCUACACAGCUAACGACUGCUAGAUUGCUAUCGUUGGCUGAGGGGGAAAGUAAUUGCCUGCCGCCAGCUAUGAUGAUAAUAUCCAGAAAAAUAUAUUUAUGCAGUAUGCAAGCUGGUUACCUACAGACCAUUAAACCAGUAAUUUAAGGCAGCGCUAACGUUAGCCGAUCUACGAUCUACGUGCAGUUAGCUAGCCAUUUCAGUUGCUAGUAGUUAACCAAUUCGCUAGGUUUGUUCGUUUUCAGUCUUACAAAACUGGAGGGAUGGCGUCGGCGACGGAGUCGAGCUUAAGUCCGCCUGCAGACUCUCUAGUACCCGCUUGCAUGUUUGCUCCAGACCGGGGAUGCGGAGAGGACGCAGUGGGCAUGGUGUGCGGGGAGGACGGUGACACUUUCAAUGGCGAGUGUGGGGAUCACGGAGUAGAUUUAACUAGCAAGUUGGCUCUGGUCAGUCCAAAUGGAGAACAGUAUGACUCGUUACUACGGCAACUGAGAGAGCGCAUGGAGGAGGGCUGUGGAGAGACCAUCUAUGUGCUGGGAGUGGGCUCAGACGGGGGCGACUACGGGCUCAACGAGGGGGACAUGGAGGCGUCGGUCGCCACGGUGAGGUCCAUGAGCGAGCAGCUGGAGGCCGACCUGAUCCUGCUGCGCGAGCGGAGCGAGGCGGGGGGGCGCGUGCGCGACUACCUGAUCCGCCGGCGCGUGGGCGAGACCGACUUCCUGGAGGUCAGGGUGGCGGUGGUGGGGAAUGUGGACGCCGGUAAGAGCACCCUGCUGGGGGUGCUCACCCACGGCGAGCUGGACAACGGCCGCGGCUUCGCCCGCCAGAAGCUCUUCCGCCACAAGCACGAGAUGGAGAGCGGGCGCACCAGCAGCGUGGGCAACGACAUCCUGGGCUUCGACCACGAGGGCCAGGUGGUCAACAAGCCCGACAGCCACGGCGGCAGCCUGGACUGGACCAAGAUCUGCGAGAAGUCCUCCAAGGUCAUCACCUUCAUCGACCUGGCCGGGCACGAGAAGUACCUGAAGACCACCGUGUUCGGCAUGACCGGGCACCUGCCCGACUUCUGCAUGCUGAUGGUGGGCAGCAACGCAGGGAUUGUGGGAAUGACAAAAGAGCACUUGGGCCUGGCCCUGGCCCUCAACGUGCCCGUCUUCGUGGUGGUCACCAAGAUUGACAUGUGUCCAGCUAACAUCCUGCAAGAGACCCUGAAGCUGCUACAAAGGUUACUCAAGUCACCGGGCUGCAGAAAGAUCCCUGUUCUGGUCCAGAACAAAGACGAUGUCAUCGUCACCGCUUCCAACUUCAGCUCGGAGAGGAUGUGUCCCAUCUUUCAGAUCUCCAACGUGACGGGGGAGAACAUGGACCUGCUGAAGAUGUUCCUAAACCUGCUGUCCUCCAGAACAUCCUACAGCGACGAGGAGCCGGCCGAGUUUCAGAUCGACGACACCUACUCAGUACCGGGGGUGGGCACAGUGGUAUCGGGGACUACUUUACGCGGAUUGAUACGACUGAAUGACACCAUGCUGCUCGGCCCCGACCCGCUGGGCAACUUCCUCCCCAUCGCUGUGAAAUCCAUCCACCGCAAGAGGAUGCCGGUGAAGGAAGUGAGAGGGGGGCAGACGGCCUCCUUCGCCCUCAAAAAGAUCAAGCGCUCAUCCAUCAGGAAGGGUAUGGUGAUGGUAUCGCCAAAGCUUAGCCCACAGGCAUCAUGGGAAUUUGAGGCUGAGAUCCUGGUGCUGCACCAUCCGACAACCAUCUCACCCCGAUACCAGGCAAUGGUGCACUGCGGCAGCAUCCGGCAGACGGCCACCAUCCUGACCAUGAACAGGGACUGCCUGCGGACGGGGGACAAGGCCACCGUGCACUUCCGCUUCAUCAAGACCCCCGAGUACCUGCACACGGACCAGCGGCUAGUCUUCCGCGAGGGCCGCACCAAGGCCGUGGGCACCAUCACCAAGCUGCUGCAGUCUACCAAUAACCUUCCCUCCAACGCCAAGCCCCCGCAAAUCAAGAUGCAGUCCACCAAGAAGACUCCGCCCCGCCGGGAGGACUUAUCCACGGCAGCCAAUGAGGAGGCAGCUCCCACGGGGAGGCCGACCAGUCCGCACACAGCACCGGUGGCGGGAGAGGACGACGUGGAGGUUCAGGACGGCAACAAAGAGAACAAGCCAAAGUCUGGAGGCGGGGGCAGAAGACGCGGGGGCCAGAGGCACAAAGGCAAAUCCCUGAGCGGCUCCACAGCGCCCCACGCAGGCGGGGUCGGGGGCUGUUAAACUGCCCCUCUACAGGGUCUCUGGGUCUAAAGCAGGACUAGGUUAAUGCCUUAAGUUGAUUUCCUCCCACAGCUUUGUAGACAAUAAGAGUUUCACAUGCGCAGAGUUCAUAGCGGGUUGUACCAUUUCCUUUCAGAGAAGGGGACAAGAGGGGGUUUCCAUCCGUGUGAUCAAGAUCGGUUGGGUUCGAUGAGAGGUACUGCUGGUUAGUUACCGUUCCCUUUCGUUUGGUUCCUCCGAUGGCCUGUACCACUCAUUACUUAUAUCUGGGGGGAGGGGGGGGUUAUUUGUGUUGCAUAAGAGUUGCAGGCGUUAACCAUUAUGGCGGUAAGGUCAGUCACCAUGAGGUCUUUUAAUGGAAGUGUUUAAGGUCCAGGGACAGGCACUGCCAUUGUGCCACUGAGCAAAAUGCCAUAACCAGAAUCUUGUCAGGAAAUACUAGAUAUUGACUGCAUUUUCAACAAUGUGAUACUACAGUAUUCUUCCACUCCCAUGAAGAAGUAGAUGAUUAUAUAAGUGGUGCAUGAAGUGCCAGUUCCUUAUGCAAGUAAUUGUUUGAUGUAGGGUUAUGUAGCCAUGAGACACAGUAAACCUUAUUUGCGGGAAUGAAGCAUUUGAAUACUGAUCUUAGUGACUUGUUCAGCAACGUUGUGAUCUGUCAGAUGUUACAAUUAUUAUUCUCAACCCUUAAAUAAUGAAUACCUUCCUCCCUCCCCCAUUGGUACAAACCAGAGUACCUGUUCCUCAUUUAUCUGCAUUAAACCUAGUCCUGUUUUACAAGCUUUGGGACUUUUACAUAAUUUGUGUUUAUAUUUAAAAAAACAAAAACAAAACAAAACAAAAAAAAAAAAACGAAGAAGCACGUAAUCUCAUUUCACCAGAAACGUUUCACCCCAAAUUAAACUCCCCACAGUUUCCCCUCUGUCUCAUAAUCAGUGGUGCCCAUUACCUUAAAAAUCUUGUGGAAAGACGUUCUGAAAGUGGAAACGCAGAAAAGCACAGACUUGAAUAAAGGGAAGCGUUCAGCUGAGUUCAGCACGGUCUCAUUUGUGUUUCUUGCGUACGGUUUGCCGACGGAGGCAUCGUUUAGGUCGCGCGGUCGUGCUACGAAGCGCAGGAGCGUUUGGCGGUAAUGGACCAGCCGGCAGCACUGGGUAGCACAGGAACGAGCCGCCUCCCCCUCACCCUGGACCCAGCGGACGCAUUUAAUUACAGACGACGCCUGACCCUAGUGACUGGUCAUCGGGGUUAAAAGCAGUGCUUGACAGGAGGGGGUUGAGGUGCACCCUGGGAAGUUGACUACACUAAAUUCUCACCUUCGCCCUGUAGCUAAGACAAGCAAGACUAGCCGAAGGUACCUUGUGAGGUUGUAGACUAUAGGCUACUCGGUGUGCUUUCUGGUUCGAUUUCAGCAGUAGUGCUGAGAAAUUCUCCUUUUGCCAAAUUGGUUCCAUAAGCUCAGUUCUUUGUAGAGGGUCAAGAAGAUUCAGCCAAACUUUUACAGAUCACACAUCAUUCAGAAGGUAUAUUUCUAACAGGUCUGGUAACAUGUUAGCUACUCCUAAAUCCAGAGGUGGAAAAUCCAUAUUCAGAAAGUAAAAGUCCUGUCCAGGAUUUUGUUCCAAUCACCUGGAUUUGCUAAUUAGCUUGAGGGUUUUCAUUUUCCUUUAUUAUUUCGCUAUGCAUUUGCCCAGAAUCCUAGUAGAGUGAGCGUAGCUGAACGUGAGCCGUACCAGAUCAUGGGUAAUGAAAGAUAUGUCACUUCCAAAACACAGAUGUCUUAAAAAUUGGCUUGUGGUACCAAAGGGCAGGUCAGCUCACAGGAAUGGGCUUUUUCACUUUUGCUUUUUCAGUAUGUGCUCUGCUGUGAUUGGAUGAAUGAAAAUGAGGUAACAUGCACAAGCCAAUCACGUCCAUGUUUGCAUUACGUUUGGGAUGAGGAACAUAGGCAAAUUUUAAGUUCCUAUACAAAAAAAAGUUAAACACACUGGCUAUCUGGACACUGGAUUAUAAACAUGUAUGGAAAGAGUGAGGAGAUCAGGGUUAAGGUGGUAGUAUUGUUAAAAAAUAUUUAAAAUCUGUGUUCUAAGCUCCUUUUCAAUUGUAUGUUUUCCCCCUGUAGGUUUUUUUAAAUUACAACAGUGCAUGGUUUUCUUUUUUGAAGACAUAACACAGAGUUCAAUGUAUGUAUAAAAUAAAACAAGAAAUAGCAUUACAUUUAAGUGGUUCAAGUUGCUGUUCAACCUUUGAAUAAAGCGUUUAUUAAGUUCUA